AUUGACAAGACUAAAUCAGAUUAAGUGAUAUAAGUGAAAGCAGUAAACUCACUCAGCUCCUUCGACUCAAUUUCAUCAUUGAAAUGUAAGCAAGUGCGUUUACUCAAGCAGGCACUACAGAUUUGGCGUACAAUGAAUGAUGGCACUACGCAGCUCUCCAGCUCCAGCUUUGAUCGGAGACUCCUGCCUAGAAGACUGGCACGUGAUAGGCUCGGGGGGGUUUGGACAGAUCUACAAAGCCAGGCAUCAUAUGUGGUGUUGUGAUGUGGCUAUUAAACUGCUUCAUUUUGAUGACGGGAAAAGCUCAUCUUUGCUGCGUGAGAUUGAUCUGAUGCGCCAAGGAAGCAGCCCAUAUGUAAUUCAGGUCCUCGGGGUGUUUCGGGGUCAUGUGGCCUCCUCUGGACCAUCAGUACAGCUCGGUCUGGUCAUGGAGUUCAUGGAGAGGGGGUCCCUGGCUUCACUGCAGGAAACUUUACAUGGAGCCCCUCCGUGGCCGCUGAUCUUCAGACUGGCUCAUCAGGUGGCUCUGGGCAUGAAUUUUCUCCACAAUCUCACCCCCCCUCUGCUCCACCUGGAUCUGAAGCCCAGCAAUGUCCUGCUAGACUCGUAUCUCAAUGCCAAGCUUACAGAUUUUGGCCUUUCCAGGGUUAGCCACAGCUUCAGCAGGGUUUCCAAGAAGGACAGCGAAGAAGAAGGAGGAACAAUCAGCUAUAUGCCACCGGAAGCAUUUGGUGUGUCAUACAGCCCCACAAGGGCCUCUGAUAUCUACAGCUAUGGCAUACUUUUGUGGUCCAUUGUCACAGGAAAGCAACCGUAUGCAAAUGCCAUGUCCAGCAUAGUCCGUUUACGCAUCCCACAGGGAGACCGGCCAUCAAUGGACGACAUCAGGGUUCUGGCUUCAGGGAUCGCAGGGCUGACGAGGCUCAUGGACCUCAUGGAAAAAUGCUGGCAGACAAAAGCGAACGAACGGCCCAGCUCCUACUACUGUACGACACUGACAGAAGAACUGAAUAAGAUGCACAAACAUGCAAUUCAUGACGCUGUUCAUCAAGUGCUGAAGAAGCUGGACCAAACACAAGAAGAAAGACUGACAGAAAGGGUUCAGGGGGUUUAUAUCUCUCAGCCUUCAGGGAACAGAGCAGAAGCUUUGACUAUUCAUAAUGAUGUACCAACGGGAGGCCUGCCGGUUCAGGAGGUUGCUGGCCAUUUUGCAGCAAACCAGAACAAAGCAAGAUCAAAAGAAUGGCCAACUCCUCGACCUGCUGACAUGUGUGAUGUAGAUAAGACACACUCAUCUCCAGACUAUAAAAUCAAACCUUCCUCUGUUCAUCCCAUUCAACUGCCAUCACCUUCUCCUUCGCCCAGGGGGUCACCCAAAGGGAGAAACAUAGCCUCUCAGAUUGGUUUUAGGAUGAACCAGUACCAUCGACAGAUCUCUACCCCAGAAACCUCCUCAGGCAACGCUCAGCUGCCUAGUGUCAACAUUCACUGCAGCAACGUCACCGGAUUUCAGAAGGGCAAUUACAACACCAUGCACAUACAGAUAUGUGAGAGGAAACGGCACCCAACAGCACCCUCCAGUGUUAACCAUCACCAUUCAGGAAGAUGGUGACAUAGGAACGGGGGUGUUGUCUAAGAUCACAUGAAGCCGUUUGAUACGAAGUUCUCUAACUUUCUUUUACAGUUCUCUGUUGGGACAAUCUUCUCUUGCACAACAGGAAGGUCGAGUUUUGUAAGAACAGAGAGUCUUUUAAACUGGUUUUGCUUUCCAGCUGGAUUCAGAUUUAUUUCUAGGAGGAUUUUGUUGUACAUUUUUCUCAUCUUUAUUUAUUGCAUUUGUUAGAACACCUUGGACCUAUAAACAAAACACCAACCCCUUCUAUGUCAGUAGUAUUAAUAAGAGCCAAGACAGGGCACAUGGUUGGUUUUGCUUUUUUACCAAGGUCAACAAAAAUCCACAGCUACAGUGCCAGCUCACCAUGAGGUGUCAUACCAGAAUGACUAUUAAUUAAAGCUGGCCAAGAUAGUGAAGCCUAUUCAUUUAUUGCUUUUUGAGUCUAAAUGACCAAAGACAUUGUGUCAUGUGGAAAAACAACUGUACUUGCAACAAAAAAAAGUCAGUUCAUAUUUUACAAUUUUUUUUUACUGUUUGCACUAAAAAAUGAUAUUGGAUCAACAGUUUGCUUUGUUACAGACUCAUAAUGUGAACCCAGGUAUGUUUAAACCAAGGUUUUGCAUAUUUUUUUUUUUUUUAUUGAUUGUUUGUAUUUCUAAUGAUUUUUUUGAUGUAUAUAAUGGACUGGCAUUUUGGAUUUGAAAAUUUUGGCCAGGAGAAGCGUGGUGUAGCUUCAAUGAAGUAAAUUUACAUGGGAUUGAUUUGCAGUGAGCACGAAGGCUUCAUCUCAACUCUGAAUAUGCUGAAAUGCAAAUAUUAAUAUGCGUCAUAUUUUUGUACAAGUGAUGUUGGCUAUGACUCCAAUAAGAUGAUAAAUUCUGUUUGUAGUUAUUCAUAGCCUAUUCUGUUGUCAAAGCUUUUUUCAGUUCAAAUAAAUGUACAUAUUUCUA